AUGACCGACGCCGUCAUUGAAUGCUUGGGACUCACUCAAGAGGAGGAGAAGGAAAGCUUCCGGCUUGUGAGUAUCAUUCAUGCAAGAGCAAGGGAAUACAACUAUUGCAUUUCUUCAAUGAAGGUCACAUUCAAGACGGGAUGUCGUCGUGGUGACCAAGUGGUCAAGAGGUUCGGAGAGCCGGAGGGCAAGGGCGGUCACCAUGUACCUGUGUGGCUUUCAUACGAGCAGAAGGGGCUGCAGAUCAACUUUGAGGGAUUCUCUUUUGAGGAUCGACAGAAUAAGAUUACCUCCGUCAUCCUCUACUACAAGCAAUGA